CAAUCCUUACGGUGUUUUGCCAGUAAGGGGGUUUCGGAGGGAGGACUUUUUUUUUAAAUUCCACUCUUUGAUGUGACUGUUUGCAUCAGCGAUUAUUGAGUCGGUUGUUUUGGCUGCUGUUACCCCCCUUUCCCUUGUGCGCAUUCCCCCCUCCUUCCUUUGCUUGGACCGGCCAUCUCUUCCACCGCGCGUCCCCCCAAUGUCCUAUCCUCAGGGUUACCUCUAUCAGCCGCCGGGCUCGCUGGCUCUGUAUUCGUGUCCGGCUUACGGGGCCUCGGCUCUGGCCGCCCCGCGGAAUGAAGACCUGGCGAGGUCGUCCUCCGGCUCCGCCUUCAGUCCGUAUCCUGGAUCGGCUGCUUUCUCCGCCUCGGCCGGGGCGAGCUUCUCCAGCCCGCUGUCGUACUCCACGGACCCGGCCACAGGAUUCCCAUCGUACAUGAGCUCCCCAUAUGACGCGCACACGGCGGGCAUGGCCGGGGCCUUGAGUUAUCACCCAUACGGGAGUCCCGGGUAUCCGUACCAGCUCAACGACCCCGCUUACCGCAAGAACGCCACCAGGGACGCCACGGCCACCCUGAAGGCCUGGCUGCAGGAGCACAGGAAGAACCCUUACCCGACCAAAGGGGAGAAGAUCAUGCUGGCCAUCAUCACCAAGAUGACCCUGACUCAGGUCUCCACCUGGUUCGCCAACGCCAGGCGGAGGCUGAAGAAGGAGAACAAGAUGACGUGGGCGCCCAGGAAUAAGAGCGAGGACGAGGAUGAGGAGGACGGGGAUGGGGAGAGGAAGGACGUGGAGCGGUCGGAGAAGAACCUGGACCACAGCGAGGCUUCGGCGGAGGAUGAAGGUAUCAGUUUGCAUGUGGACACUCUCACGGACCACUCGUGCUCUGCGGAGUCGGACGUGGAAAAGGCGCUCCACUGUCGCGGUUCGGACAAAUGUGACGAGGACGUGCAGGAGGAGGACGUGCAAGAGCACCGCGCCCCCGGCUUCCGGCUCUCCCCCAAGCCCGUCACUUCGUCGCCUCUGAUGGGGGUCGAGGCGCCGGUGUUCGCGCAGCACCACCCCCACCACCACCACCACCACCACCUCCAUCACCUGCAGCAGCUCCAACGCGAGGAUUUAGCCCGUAGCCUCGGCAUGAGCGGCGCCAUUAUUAAUAACACCAACAAGUCUUGCCUUGAUAGCAGAGCGUCCACAGGGGGGUCUCAGAACCCCAAACCCAAACUGUGGUCCCUGGCGGAGAUUGCUACCUCAGACCCAAAGCAGCCACCGGGCCAGCCCAGCGUGGGGCUCCUCACCCCCCCGACGUCCUCCGCAGCUUCCCCGUCUGCCACUUCGCCCUCCCUCUACCCGACCCCCUCCCUCAUCGGACGGCCUAUUUACUACACGUCGCCCUUUUAUAGCAAUUACACAAACUAUAGCAACUUCAGCCCCCUGCAGGGCCAAAGCAUACUGCGCUAUUCCAACUCCUCCGGGGUGAGUCUGGCUGCAGCGGCCGCCGCCGCCGCCGCCGCAGCGGCCGCUUCCGCCGCCGCAGCCAGCGAGGGUCUCGCCCCUCACCAUGCAACGGAGUCCGGCGCGCUGCAGCCCAAACACCGGCCCGACUCCCCUUUGGUUAAAACGAUCGCGAACCAGACUGGCGCUGCUGGUGAACAUCAACAUUUUAGACCUGUACAUUUGGAAGCAAAAAAAGGCACGUAGAAGAAAGUUCAUUUUGGGGGCUUCUGUAGAAAUGUGCAAGCGUGCAUCUUUUUCCCCCACUGGCAACAGGUGAGGAACUGAAUUGUGCAUCACUCACUUUAGGUUAAUUGUAAUUAUGCAGGGUCAGCCAACACAUGCAUUUACACCUGCUGUAUCAGUGGAUUGACAUUAUUUGGGGAUUUUAAUUGUCAUUUUUUUAUUUCCAUCAUCUGCAGGUAGGUGUCACACUUGCUUAGAAUAUAAAAGCAACAUUUUUUUGUGUUUUAACCCCAUCACCUGGCCACCUCAAGGGGAUCCAGUGCCACCAGCUGGGAUGAAAGCUGCUCCCCCCCUGCCCCUACUCAGUAGGCACAUUAUUAAAAUAUUAUUAUUGCUAUAUGACACUUUUUCAAGUAUGCAUAAUAUGGUUUCUUCUCCCCAUGUAUGUGAUUUGCACGUUAUUUCU